CUCCACUAGGUGGCAGUGUGCGCUUGGAGGGUGCUCAAUUCCUCUUCCGCUUGCGACGAAGAAGAAACUGAAUGGAGUCACAUUUGACCCAAACUACAGCUGAGUGAAAACAUUAUUAUGAGGGGCUUAUUUAAAUAUUCACGUUUAUUGGUGUAGUCUGUCUGUAUUUAAUUAAAAUGCAGCUUUGUUGAAUGUAAGUAAACUUUACUAAGCCGGACUGCUCCCCUCCUCUGGAACAGAUAAGAUGAGGUUAUUAUUAUUAUUACCUCAGAGGUGCGUUCAGGGUCUGUCAGCGGUCAGGAACACGCAGGUUAAACUCCAGCUGAACGCCUCUGUCCAGAGAUGCUGCUCCACGGUUCAUGGGGACGUGAGGGUCCGGUUUGCACCCAGUCCGACAGGUUUCUUACACCUGGGAGGCCUUCGAACUGCUCUCUACAAUUACAUCUUUGCCAAAAAGUAUGGAGGCUCGUUCAUUCUGCGACUGGAGGACACAGAUCAGAGCAGGCUGGUCCCAGGAGCUGCCGAGUCCAUAGAGGACAUGCUGGAGUGGGCUGGUAUACCUCCAGAUGAGAGUCCACGCCAUGGUGGGUCCGCUGGUCCUUACAUGCAGUCUCAAAGACUUGACCUCUACAGACAGACCGCCCAGCAGCUUGUGGAGAGUGAACACGCCUACUACUGUUUCUGCAGCCCUCAGAGACUUGACCUGCUCAAAAAGGAGGCCUUAAGGAGUGGACAGACACCAAGGUAUGACAACAGGUGUCGUCACCUGAAGGCCCAGCAGGUCCAGGAGAAACUGGCUCAGAGUGUUCCACAUGUGAUCAGGUUUCGUCUGGAAGAAGGUGUCGAGCCAUUUCAGGAUAUGGUCUUUGGUUGGAAUCAUCAUGAGGUUGCCCAGGUGGAGGGGGACCCUGUAGUGAUAAAGGCAGAUGGUUUCCCCACCUAUCACCUUGCUAACAUAGUAGAUGAUCACCACAUGAACAUCAGCCACGUGCUGCGGGGGUCUGAGUGGCUCAUCUCCACCUCCAAACACCUCCUCAUGUACAAAGCUCUCGGGUGGAAGCCACCCACUUUCGGACACCUGCCUCUUCUGAUGAACAAAGACGGCACUAAGCUGUCCAAACGGCAGGGAGAUAUUUUCAUUCAGAGCUUCCAGAGGGACGGAGUCCUGCCUGAAGCUCUGCUGGAUAUCACAACCAACUGUGGAUCUGGAUUUAACACCAAUCAGAUGGGUCGAAGGAUAGAUGACCUGAUCUCUGAGUUCAAUCCAUCAAAGAUCACAACACACUCUGCUCUGUUAGACUUGGACAAACUACCAGAGUUCAACAGAAUUCACCUGCAGCACCGUAUUGAAGAUGAGGAGCAGUGCUGUUUGCUGAUCAAAGAUCUGCAGGGACAGAUCCAUAAAGCAUAUUCAGCAGAGAUCCAGGAUGAAGAAGUUCUGCAUGAGGAUUAUAUUAGACGAGUGCUGCAUCUGCGCAAGGGUCACAUAUCCUUCCUUAAAGAGCUUGUAGGUCCUUCCUACUCUUACCUUUGGGUGCGUCCUUCCUUAUCCAACCAGCAGGUGGCAGCACUCACCAAAGAGGCUCAGCACAUUGCGUCAUUAGUGCUGAAAUUAGUGUCUCAACAAGGCGAGGAGCUGUCAUUGGAUCAACUCAGUAAAGAUCUGAAGACUGUGGCCAAACAGACAAAAACCACAAAGUACAGAGAAGUGAUGAAGCUGCUACGUCUGGUUCUCAGUGGUCUGCAGCAGGGGCCCAGCGUAGCAGAGAUGAUGGUGUCUUUGGGGCCUGUCGAGACCAGCCAUCGAUUCCAGAAACUUCUGCUGCCUCCAGAGACGAGUUAAAGACUGGAGAGACUGAUGGGAGCCUGAUUCAGACAAGACCUGUCCUGUUUGUUGAGAGAUGGUUAUGCUGUGAUGCAUUUAAAAUGAACUGUAUAUGCUUAAAAUAAAAUACUUGAAUUAAAACAAAUAUUUUGUAAAAAAAAAAAAAAAAAAAAGAAAGUCUUCUGUAUUUAUUUCUGUGAUAGGAACAGGUGACAGAGCCAAGGAUGGAAAGUACCUUGGACUUUUUAUGCAAAUGUUAUUUUUUCAGUUAAUAACGCUUAACGAACUAAACACAGAUGUGUCGACAUUUGAAU